AGUGCUUAGAAACUCAUCUGCUUAAUCAGGCUUGUUUGAGUGUGGUUUGAUCAGAUUUAAUCGACUGCAGUUUGGCACCAUAAACAAACUUCCCCUCACCACAGCAGCCACCGCAUUUUAAUAUCGAAAUCUACAAUUUCAAAUAUCGCUAAAUCCUGACUGGUACGCAGAAAUGUGUGACAUCACCUUUUUCCAACCUCCACCCGCCCACUUCAGACCAACGAGACGAACGCAAGAAGCCGAAAUGAAAAAAAAAAAUACAGCAAAGCUUUCAUGGCAAAUAACGGAAACUGCUUGGAAAUUUUGUGUUCACGUACAGGACAUGUUUGUAAUCAAACAACUAUUAUUAUAGAGAGUUAUUACAAGUGUAUUUUGAGCCCCAUUCAGAAGAGCUCCUUGUAUGGUGUAACACCUCAGCAGAUAGUGAUAUCCAGGCGUGACCCACUGUUGGAUCUGUUCUUCUCUGCCCUCUGGCCUUCCUCAACCAUCUUUGUCUGGCUGGUAUGCAACUAUCCACAGUCCCAUGACCGACUCCUGGUCUAAAUAUAACAAUCUAAGCACGGUGCUCCACUGUUAAGGUCACAUUACGUCAUGCUAAGCAGCAUAGUCUCAACAGCAGUCGGGACACAAGCUGUGAACACGUCAAAUGGCUUUAUGAUAUUCUGGGUCACGCACAAAAAAGUCGUCAGGGGUGGUGUGAAAAACGAUGGGACGCCAGUGACGGAUUGUCCUUGAGAACUGUAUCCUAAAUUGUGCUUUUCUUGAGACUUUCAGCUGACAUGGGUAAUGGAAUAAACAAGGUCCUGCCCGAUCUUUAUCUAGGAAAUAUCAAAGAUGCUCGAGACAAGGAGCUGUUAGCGCAGCACAACAUCACCCACAUCCUGUCCAUUCAUGACACAGCUGCACCCGUCCUGGAGGACAUGACAUACCUGUGCAUAUCUGCCGCAGACCACUCGAAGCAAAACCUGACUCAGUACUUCAGAGACAGCAUCAUGUUUAUCCACGAGUGCCGGCUGAAAGGAGAGGGCUGCCUCGUGCACUGUGUUGCAGGAGUGUCCCGCAGUGUCACUCUGGUGGUGGCUUACAUCAUGACGGUGACGGGUCGCGGCUGGGUGGAAUCUCUGGCGGCGGUGAGGGCGGCUCGGCCUUGCGCGGGGCCGAACCUGGGCUUCCUCCGGCAGCUGGAGGAGUUCGAGAACGCAGAGCUGGCAGAAUAUCAGGCCUGGUGGAAAGACCGAUAUGGGAAGAACUCGUUCAAUGACGACGAGGAGGUGGAGAACCUUUUAACCAAGAAGUCUAACAGCAGCAGCAACACCAUAAGGUCCAGCAUCGCUCCGACCCUAGGCUUCUGAAAUGAAAUCGCUUCUGUCAGUUUCAUCUUUCCUGAAGUCAAGCAGCCAGCUGAGGACUGCGGGGUUUCUUCUCGGACCAUUAAACCCGCUGAGGCCAGACCAGAAAACUGCUGUCGCUGUCGAUCCUGCUGAGAAACUUUCUUUAUCGAUAUGAUACGUCGACUCUCAUCUUGGCUAAGUAGUCAUGUGAUGGGAGGGGGGUUUUUAUGUCAUUAUCUUUGUCCCCUUCGUCAUGUCAUGUCCUUGCCUCUAACUGUCAAAACAACAUGCAAGGGCAGUCAAGCAUGGCACCAAGGAAAUAUGUACAUACAGUCCACAGUGUGAACACACAUUUAGCCGUGUGCACUCCCCAUCAGUUAUGUUAUGCUGUGUCUUCUACUUGAAAUAUGAGUAUGACUUUCUACAGACAGUGUGGAAGCUGAAGAACACGGUCAUCUUCCAGUAACACGGCGUCAGAAGCAGCAUUUCUUUAUUUAUGACACUUUUAUUCCUUAAUAAACGUUUAUUUCUGUUAGUGGACUUUAUGAUUCACACCUCUUCCUGCUCCAGACACACGUGUGAAUUUAUGUUUUAUUUAAUUAACGUGAGAUUUAAUUUGUCAGGUGAGAAUUUCUUUAACUCAUCUGGAAAGCAAAAAGUAAAUUGAAGUGUUUUUACUGCACAAAAUGUGAUUAGUUUGGAUAGUUUUAUAAAAUAUUUAAACAAAAUAAGGAAAAAAAACAGACUUUGGUUAAAUUGGUCACAACUGGUCAGUGCUGGAAGAAAUAUUUAGUUACUUUAUGUAAGUAAAAGUAGCAAUAGUUGGUUAAUAUGGAAUUUUAAGUGCUUUAUGUAUCAAUCCAUUGUACUGUAUUCAAUAAGCUGAUCACACU